AGGGACAGCAACACAACUAAAGAGAUGGAUUCCAUGAUGAGAAACGGCGCAAUGAGGAUCUUCAUUGGUCUCAUGAUGUUGACAGCUUGUUUGGCGGCACCAAUGCAGUGCCACUUCAACUCUCAAGCUCUGUGUGAAUAUGAGGGGAAGCAGUACUCUAUGGGUGAGAGUUGGAUGGAGCAAGGCUGUAUUCAGUGCACCUGCCUGCACCCUGUGGGAGUGGGAUGCUGUGAGACUGUGCAUCAGCCUGUGGAUUUUCCUGCUUGGUGUGAAGUUCGAGUUGAAACCCUGACCUGUCAGGUCACACUUGUGAUGACCUCUGACCCUCGUCUGCUGUGCAUUCCCGGAGAGAACAACAUUGACCCAAGACAUGGGGCCAUCAACAUGAAUCUAGCAGGUUAGCCUGGAGGGAGACCAAGCCGUCAAUCACAAAUCACCUUCCUGUCAGCUGACAUCUGAAUCAUUCAGAUGAGAUUGAAAAUUACAUGUAAAGCAACAACAUUAAAAAAAAAACUUAAAUAUGUACGCUGCUCAAAAGCUCCAUUUGAAGGAAGCAAGAAAGUGAUCUGAUAAAGAAAAGUAAUGAGUAUGUGAGGGGGAGAGUGUUGAAUUUAUUAAAGUGAGAUCGAAAUCAGAAUUCUAUUUGCGAGGUUGUGCAAUUGAAGGAUGUAAUGGAGGAAUAACUAUCAAUGUGUAUUUUAUCUAAUGCAUUUUAUCUUUAUAACAAAUUCUUAGCACUGCAUGUUAUCUUUUCAUUUAUCAUUUUUAUCAUAGGUAUAUUCAAUAAACUCCAAGGAUUUCAGAGGAAAACAUGAAUGAUUCUCUGCAUAAAAAUCUUAAUGUAAUCUUAAUAAGAGUCUUUUCUUUGUCAUUUGUGCACUUUUG